UAUAGCUUGCCCACCCACAAUGAGAAGUUAAAUACAAAUCAGCCCUUGGAACUCUGAAGCAAGAAUACAGUUGAACAGAACAAUUUAGGCAGGAACAGCAGAGUGACAACUCACUGACUGUACAGGACUCUUCCUAUAAGUAAGGCAAAAAACUAAACAAUACUUCACAGCCACUCUUUCUUUAACACAACUCAACUCAUUUCAGCAGCAAGAUGAGUGAUUUGAAGUCCAAAUUCUUGGAGGUUUACCCUCUCUUGAAAGAGGAGGUCCUCAAUGACUCAGCCUUUGAAUUUACAGACGUUUCUCGCCAAUGGGUUGAACGUAUGUUGGAUUACAAUGUACCUGGAGGAAAGUUGAACCGGGGGCUAUCUGUUGUUGACAGCUAUAAGUUACUGAAAGAAGGGAUAGAGCUAACAAAUGAUGAAGUUUUACUUUCAUCCGCACUUGGCUGGUGCAUCGAAUGGCUUCAAGCAUACUUUCUUGUUCUUGAUGACAUCAUGGAUGGCUCUCAUACUCGCCGUGGUCACCCUUGCUGGUUCAGACUUCCACAGAUUGGUAUUAUUGCUGUAAAUGAUGGCAUAGUACUUCGCAAUCAUAUCCCCAGAAUUCUGAAGAAGUAUUUUAAGGGAAAGCCUUAUUAUGUGGACUUGUUGGAUUUAUUUAAUGAGGUUGAGUUUCAAACAGCUUCAGGACAAAUGAUUGACCUAAUUUCGACAAUUGAGGGAGAGAAAGAUCUAACAAAGUACUCAUCAGCACUUCAUCGCCGCAUAGUUCAGUACAAAACUGCUUAUUACUCUUUCUACCUUCCGGUUGCUUGUGCAUUACUUAUGGCAGGCAAGAAUCUCAAUGAUCAUAUGGACGUUAAGAACAUCCUUAUCGAAAUGGGAAUCUAUUUUCAAGUACAGGAUGAUUAUCUAGAUUGUUUCGGCACUCCGGAAAUGAUCGGUAAGAUUGGAACUGAUAUUGAAGAUUUUAAGUGCUCUUGGUUGGUUGUGAAAGCGAUGGAAUGUUGUGAUGAAGAACAAAAGCAAUUGUUAAUUGAGAAUUAUGGGAAAGCAGAUCCGGCCUGUAUUGCGAAAGUGAAAGAGCUUUACAAUAUUAUUGAUCUUCAGGGUGCAUUCACAGAGUACGAGAGCGAGAGUUAUGAAAAGUUAAUAAAGUCCAUUGAAGCUCAUCCCAGUGAGGCCAUUCAAGCUUUGUUGAAGUCAUUUUUAGCCAAGAUUUACAAGAGGCAGAAAUAGAUCAGUCAAUCAACAAGGAAUAGGAGAGUAGCUGUUGGAUUUUCUUUCUUUUGGCAUAUUGCCUUUAAAUGUAAGAGAAUUUAAGUGUGGAUUUUUUUUUUCCAAUGAACAUUUGAGUUACUUUUGGUUCUCAA